AUGGGUCUUCCUAUCAAAGAACAUGCAGCUCUCUUCCUACUUCAACAUUUCCUUCUAAGGUCCCUCACGCCCCCUCCAAGGCGUCCCUGUCCCAGGGGCUGCGGGGCCUGCGCGGAAGGACAGGGGCGCCUCCCAGACCCACCCUUCCCGCCGCCACCCUCGGCUGGGAGCUCCCAUCUCCUGUUCCUGUUGUCCCCCUCCUUCAAUGCAGGGCUCUUGAGCAGAAGGCACUGCUGCACUGUGGCCGUAUCUCCCUCUCUGGCCGUCUUGUGGAUCCUGCCGAGCUCUCAAUCUCGGCGGUGCUACCAGGAAUCCGAGCAGAAGUGGUCAGGAAUGGAGCCCAGGGCCACCUCAUCCUUCUUCCUCCUGGAGCCAAACAGCUUCUUCAUCGCGGCAGCUUCGGAGAAGCCUCAGCUACCCUGCAGCUCCCCUUCGCCUUUUCGCGGACUCCGGAGUCCAGUCACAAUUAGCCAAGCCCGGGGCACCAAAGCCUUUAGCAGCGAAACCGCCGCUUCCGACCUCUCGGACCUAGUGAGCCAGGCAGAGCCGUUAGGCCCACGCCUGGGCACCACAGCCAGCCCGAGGCCCAGGAAGCCGCUCCCAGGCUGCGCGCGGCUGGCGCUGGGCUUCCAGGGCCGGACUGCCAGAACAGGCUGGGAGGGCUGGGGUCUUGGCGCUCUGCAGCCACCAGAGAUCUGGCCGAGUGGGUCUGGUUACCCCCACCCCUGUGCCGCCACAGCCCGGCAGAUCGCCUAGCUUGGCUGCCCCAGCUGCCGCAUCUGUCCCUCUGUCCGCGUCUCUGGGAGCCCGGUAGGGUGGGAGGUUGCUGGCUGUUGCUGUCCACUCCGGAUCCUGAGGCCGCCCAGGGCACUCCUACCCCGCCUGCCUCGGUGCCCCUGACCUGCAGUCGUCACCUGCACUCCAGGCGGGCAACAACAGCGAGGACACCCCGCCCGGCCAGGCUCCCAGCAUCAGAGACGCUGGGUGGACAACGUGGUGGCGGCCAAUCCAGGUGGUCCGCCAGACCGCGGCAGAGACAGCGCAGAGGCUGAGGGUUAGGACUGCCCAGCGCUAGCGGCCCCCAGCUCUGUGCGCCCGCCGAGGAGGAGACAGCCAGCAGCGUGGUCAGGCAGGCUCUCGCGCUGAGGAGGCGGUGCACUCAGGAUACUGAGGCCGCCCAGAGCACGCCCCGCCAACCCACCCAGGCGCCUGAGCUGCAGCCUCUGCGCCAUCUCUGCCGCGGUCCCGCAGGCCGCCUGGAUUGGCCGCCGCCGCUGCUGCCACCACGGUAUCCACCCAACGACUCUAAUGUGGGAAGUCUGGCGGUGGAGGGUGUCGCGUGCUCUCCGGCAGACCCGUAGCUGGUGGUGGAGCUGAGGGCCCUGGGGCAUGGCGGGCAGGGACUUGAGGCCCGCAGGAGGAGGGGGCCGUGCCGAUGCUGGCUGUGCCGGGGCUGCCUGAGAACCCGCGGAGGCUGGGGGGCGAAGACGCGCGGCACAGCCAAGAAGAUAGACACACCAACAAGAACAUCAUUAUUAAAUGCAUGGAAAAACUGGAGUUAUAUGACAGCAAUAUUCAAUAAAGGAACU